UACGGAUUAAGUCGACGUCCUUCCUCCUCUUGGAAUCUGCUCGGAUUGGGCUUGACAGAUUGCAAGACGCGUAUCGCUAUCAUUUCGAGCAUUCUUGCCGAACGAGAAAUAUAUAUAUUUUUUCCAAACUAGAAGUAUCAAUUUAGAGACGAUUUCUGACUUUCGGAAACUUACGCGUAGAACGCAGUUACAAUCGAUAACUUUCUUCUAAAAUUUCGUUAAAAUAUAGUCAGACUUAAAUAUAAACUUGGGAAGUCUUGGGAAGAGUAAUCAUUGGUCGGUUUAAAUUAUUAUUUACAUUUAGGUAAAAUUACGCUGGGAAAUUUGCAAAAAGUGCGAUAUGGUAAAACCUAAAAAAUAUCUCCGAGUCGGAAGAAGUUAUGAGUUAAACAAUUUAUAUUUCAUGUACUCUCAUUUUGCUCCAUUUUGAGCGAGUAUAGAAGUUAUGACUUGACCUGUAUCAUAUUCAUUUAUACCAGUGAUUGUUUUGUUGUAAUUUAAGAAUUUACGACAUAAAUAUUCUGCAUUAAACAAUUUUUAUCUUACGUAUAUCACAGUAAGUAUAAAUUAUAGUUAAAAUGGAACUGUUACACGUAUUUGCGGCGGCGAUGUGGUGCUUAUGCGAAUCAAUAUACACAAACGCUCCGAUGUCCCGUGAAAUGUCUCGUAAGAAGUUCAUAUUACAGAGAUUAAGGAAUAUAUGUGCGCAAGAGAACGAAUACCGAAGUAUUGUUUAAUUUAUAUUAAAUUAUAAAUACACGCUUUCAAAAAGAAAAGCCAUUCUUUUGCGAUUAGAAUACGCAGCAACAGCCUUGCAAGGAACGUUCAUUAUCACGCUCGACGUGUCUUGUUUCUUUAUAUCAGGAAAUCAUGAGAGCGGUAUUAGCGAUCACGUUGGUCUUGGUGGCGGGACUCUUUAUCGCAAUGACGGCAUCGAAGAGUUGCGACUUCGAAAAAUUGAAGUAUCCUCGUGUCAUCAAGCAUCGGACAAAAGUGAGGGAGAUCCGUGGCUUCAAGCCGGAAUACAUCUCUACGGCGAUCGGAUUCGGGAAGAGGGAGGGUCCCACGGAGGUCCCGGACUUUAGCAGCCGCGAAGAAAUCCUGUUGUCUCUUCUGCGAAGCUUUCCACAUUCCGGGAUACCUGCGAAACUGCUGCUUCCGGUAAUAUGGACGAAUCCUGCGUUCGUCAGCAAACUGAUGCACCGGUCGAUGCAGAAUGUCGAACAAAACGACGAGGAGUCGAUGAUGGAGCACUCGAAGUCUGAAAGAACGCACAUGCUAUAUUAAUCCUUUUGUCAAAGCACGACGGUUUGCGAGUUCUAGUCCGUUAACUUUGAAGACAUUCUCGUUAAUUUUUCGAAUCCUCGAGUAUCUCUAUGAGAUUGCAUAGGCGCUACUUUUCCAUUACAAUCCGUUUCUUCGUCACAAAGAAAGCGUGAUGUUAAGAAAAGAGGAAGCGAGGGAUAUCGGAGUUUACGUUUUUCAUCUGGCAAUCGAUGUACAAUCAACUUCGUCGUAGAAUGAUAUCAUAGUAAUAAUAUGUUAUGUGUCGUAUGUGUAUGUAUAUAUCGAGAGAAACGCUGAAACUGAGAUUCUUUUCUUGGUUAUUAAAAAGUACAUG